AUGUACCAGAGCCAGGCAUUCCCCCUAAUCGAGCCUCGUACUACUAAGCCAGAGAGGCGACGAAUCAGACAAGUCUCGGUCUCUCAAGUAUCAACUAUCAGCUCAAGCUCUCUUAGUGGACUAUGUGACCUGGAUGAGGACGUGUUCGUCAGGUUCCCGUCUUUUGAGCAGGCUGGAGUGAAGCAGCUCAAUGAACUCCUCGAGCAUGAGAGCCGUUUUGCUAAGUACCAUGAAGAGGGUGACGAUGACGAUGAGUGGGGUAUCGAGUGCGACGGCAUUGAUGAAGCUGCAGUCUCGUCGAAGAGACACCCUAACAUCGUCCGUUACGAGAACUACGCCGAUGACAGUAUAAUUCAACAGGUCUAUGAAGAUCUUCUUGAGGUCGAAAAUGCCGAUUUCAAGACUGCCACGAAGUCGGCUCAGAACUUGCGAUUUGGCAACUACACCACAGGCAAGUAUGUGAAGAUUAAGUCGGAGCAUGAUGAUAGCGCGCCGAAACCGCAGAAGAAGCCGGGCAAGUGGGUUGCUGGUCUCAUUCGUAAGGCCGUCGGCCUCUUCUUCCCAAAACUACCUAGAGUGCCCUCUCCCUUGUCGCUGAACAGCGAUUCGAUUUCCUCUAUUCCCUUGGAGAUGAAAGACAAUCUACUGCAUGCAAUGGAGAUACAUCAUGCCUAA